AUGCUGUGCCGUUCUCACCGCAGUCUACACGCUCUGCCGUGCCCGAGGCGCGUCUUAGGAGCGCAAAUCCGCAGUCCUCUAUCGCAACAAGCUGUUCGGCAUAAGUCGGGGCCGUACGGCUACACCCAGGCCAAGGCUCUUGUCUUCUCCGAGCAUGGAGAGCCGUCCGAGGUGCUAAAGCUACACACACAUUCUAUCUCGCCCUCGCUCCCCAAGCGAUCCGUCUUGCUGCGGGCUCUCGCCGCUCCCAUCAAUCCCGCCGACAUCAACACGAUCCAGGGGACCUACGGCUCCAAGCCGAGCUUCACGUCCCUCAUUGGCACGUCCAGCCCGUCCGCGAUCCCCGGAAAUGAAGGCGUCUUCGAGGUCGUUGCAACGGGCGACCCGUCGUCAUUGCCCGUUCGCAAGGGAGAUUGGGUCAUACCGGCCGUUGCCCAGUUCGGCACAUGGAGGACACACGCCGUGGCCGAUGUCGACGACGUCCUGAAGAUCAACAAGGAGGGACUGCAGGCGACUCAGGCGGCGACCAUCUCCGUCAACCCCAGCACGGCGUAUCGCAUCCUGAGGGCGUACGGCCCCAGCGCCGGAAUCAGCUCCGGGCUCGGAAUGCGGCCGCUGGAGGUGGGCAGUGGCGAGUGGUUCAUCCAGAAUGGGGCGAACUCGGGAGUCGGGAGGGCUGCCAUACAGCUCGGGAGGCUCUGGGGGCUGCGGAGCAUCAACGUGAUUCGGGAGCGAGAGUCGGCUGAAGAGACCGAAUCUUUGAAAGCAGAGCUGACCGGGCUUGGUGCCGACGUAGUCGUCACAGAGAAGCAGUUCCUGUCGCGGGAGUGGAGGGACCAGUUGGCGGAAAUCACAAACAAGGGCCGCGACCACAUUGGGCUCGGCCUCAACUGCGUCGGCGGCAAGUCUGCCACGGCCAUUGCUCGCUCGCUCAGCGAGAGCGGCACGAUGGUGUCGUAUGGCGGCAUGGCCAAGCAGCCAAUCGCCCUUCCCGUCGGCUUGCUCAUAUUCAAGGACAUCCGCGUCGUUGGAUUCUGGCUUUCGCGGUGGAAUCAGCAGGAUGCCGCUGGGCGCAAGCACAUGAUUGACUACAUCGUGGACCUCAUCCGAGAAGGCAAACUCAAGGAUGCGCCUCUGCGUGAAUUGGCGUGGAACUGGGAGACUGAUGCUUCUACCCUGGCACGAGAGGUGCAGGAGGGACUUCAGGGGUUCAAGGGGGGUAAGGGCAUAUUCGUGUUUGGCGAUACCUGA